AUGGUGGUCUCACGCAGGCACUGGAAUGAGCGAGGCUUGGAGCCAUGCAUCCGGGUCAAGAAAUCAGACACUCGUGGUGCAGCGACAUAUGUGGCCAUCAUUGCCGACAAUGCUGGAAUUCAAGCAGGCCUACCUCAUUUCCUGAUCAUGAAUGAGAGUAAGCUAACGAAGGCUUUAGAGCGACAGGUGGCCUCGCUACCUGCGAGUCAUCUGCAAGUCUGGCGACGUAAGAGUGCAUGGAAUACUGCAGAUUGCAUGGUAGAGAUCAUCCAACAUCUGGCAACCCAUCUGGCUCCAUGGUUAGCCAGGUACACUCCCAUACUCCUCCUCGACCAAGCUCCAUGUCACUUGCCGGCGAAGGUCAUGGAAGCUGCCAGGGACGCCCAUAUCCACCUGGUCUAUAUUCCAUCAUCGCUCACUUCGGUACUGCAACCCCUUGACGUCGCCGCCUUCUCCACGUUGAAGAUGUGGUGGGCUGCGAAAUUUCAGGCGCUACGACAGGCAUCUGACAACCACGAAGUUUCUGAGCUUGCAUGGAUGGAGUUGCUUCGGACGGUUCCUCGCAAGUUUUUCGCAGCAAGGUCCUGGUCACGAGCUUUCACUGCUGUAGGUACCGCAGGGGAUGUAACCAUCCUCAACCGAGCGCUGAAGCGGCAGCUCGGCGACACUGUGGUGAUGAGUAGCUCAGACAAGCCCACGCCAGAGCAGCUAAGCUGCAUUUGGCUUAAAAGGAGGCGUAUGGAGUAUGCCUAUCCGUUGCUCAUGCAACCUGGAUCCUGA